AUGUCUCUGGUAAGCCAGAACGCGCGCCGCGGCAGCGCAGAGACCACUGCAGAUUACGGCGACCGUCAGGGUGAGAUGCAGGCUAGUGACGCCUCUGGGUCUCCGACCUCCAUGCUUGUUCCCCAGGCCCUCCAGGGCCCUCAUGCGCUAAUCAACCCUCAGGAUGCCAGCGCUUCCCAGACUGCGCAGGACCCGAAUGACCUCGAGGUCCUAAUUGAAGAGCAGUCCCAACGUUUGGGGGCGCUCAGGGUCCACGACCCUCUAGAAGACAGGUCAAUUGCUUUGGUGAAUUUCAUGCGAAUGAAAAGCCAAACCGAGGGUUCUAUCCAGCAAGCAGAGAUGCUAGAGUUCCUCAGAGAAUACUCAGAUCAGUUCCCUGAGAUCCUUAGACGAGCCUCAGCCCACCUGGAUCAGGUCUUUGGGUUGAACCUUAGGGUUCUUGAUCCCCAGGCUGACAUUUACAACCUAAUCAGCAAACGGGGUUUCCAGACCACUGAUCGCAUAACAGAAUCCUUGGAUGUGCCAAAGGCAGGUCUCCUGGCCUUGGUCCUAGGCCACAUCCUUCUGAAUGGCAACCGGGCAAGAGAAGCAUCCAUUUGGGACCUGCUGUUAAAGGUUGAUUUGCUGGGUGAUCCCCAGAGGAUCAACAACCUCUUUGGGAACACAAGGAACCUGCUCAUUACUGACUUUGUGCGCAUGCGGUUCUUGGAGUACUGGCCAGUAUAUGGCACUAAUCCCCUCGAAUUUGAGUUCUUGUGGGGCUCUAGAGCCCACAUGGAAAUCACAAAGAUGGAAGCCCUGAAGUUUGUGGCAGAGGCCCAUGAUGAAGAACCCUGGAGCUGGCCAGAAGAAUAUAACAAGGCCCUGGAAGCUGACAAAGCCAAAGAAAGAAGACAGGCUGCUGGCUUGGAAUUCUGGUCAGAGGACACUAUGAACGAUAAGGCCAAUGAUUUGGUCCAGUUGGCCAUUAAUGUCACUGAGGAGUUGCUGCCUAUACAUCAGGAUGAGCUACUGGCUCACACUGGCAAAGAAUUUGAGGAAGUGUUCCCAAAUAUCCUCAGUCGAGCUACUCUAAUCCUUGAUUUGUUCUAUGGAUUCUCUCUGAUUGAGGUUGAUACGAGUGAGCACAUCUACCUCCUUGUCCAGCAACCAGAAUCAGAAGAAGAGCAAAUGAUGUUAGACAGCCUGGGGAGACCCACUCAAGAAUAUGUGAUGCCAAUUUUGGGUUUGAUCUUCCUGAUGGGCAACCGCGUCAAAGAGGCCAACAUUUGGAACAUGCUUCGUAGAUUUGGUGUGGAUGUAGGGAGAAAGCAUGCCAUCACCUGCAAGCUUAUGAGACAGCGCUACUUGGAAUGCAGGCCACUGUCCUACUCUAAUCCAGUUGAGUAUGAGCUUCUAUGGGGUCCUCGAGCUCACCUUGAAACUACCAAAAUGAAAGCCUUGGAGUAUAUGGCCAGGCUGUACAGAAAGCGACCACAGGACUGGCCAGAGCAAUAUAGGGAGGCUGUUGAAGAUGAGGAGGCCAGAGUCAGAUCUGAGGCAACUGCCAUGUUCUUCUUUGGCCCCAUGUGA